UUCUCUCAAGCACUCUUGUCACAUCAAUUGAUUUGCAAAACUUCUAGUCACUGUUUUUUUCCGAAUGAUUAGUCUGCAUGAGGGAAAAAUGUUGGCCCUAUGCCCUUGAUAAAUCAGAGUUGUCACUCAGACACACAUAAUGAAAAAUUCCCGCAAAGCAGCCCAUAUUGCGCAACAACCGAACUUAGGGAAAUGAGUCAUUUCCAGGAGACGGCUAUAAAAGGUACAGACUCUCCUCUUCAGCACUAGAUUCAAACAGCACAGCAAGGAAGCAGCUGAACUGAGAAAAGGAAAGUAGAUGAGAGUGAACUGAGCAGAAGAAGAAAUCAACAGAAUAAAAAGCUUUCAGGCUUCAUCAGACGACUUUUUGAACGGCAUUUUUAAUCUCCAGUUUACACCGUUGCAGAAUUUGUGAAAGGAAAAAAUGAUGAGCAGCAGAACCAUUGCCUAUUCUAUUGUGGUGAUCCUAGCCUUCCUGGCUGUCACUGAAGGUAUGAGUCUGAGAGAUCGGAGAAGCCUGGGAGUGGAGCAGCACUGCCACUGCAUCCAGACAGAGAGCAGACACAUCGUUCGCCACAUCGAGAAGGUGGAGCUGAUUGAGGCAAACUCUCACUGCGACAAGACUGAGAUCAUUGCCACUCUGAAAAACGGUGGUCAAAAGGUGUGCCUGGACCCCAAGGCUCCCUGGGUGAAGAAAAUCAUUUUAAGGAUCAUGAAAUCACGCUGAACAGACCAAGAUGGAUGUGCUUCAUGAGUCUGAGCCGUUUAAAGAAGCAAAAGUACCGAACAGUAUUUCUUGUCAUCACACUUGUCUCCUUUUAAUACCUGAAGACUGCCUAAUGUCCUGAUCUAGUGUUGAAAAAUGACAACAGACUGUACCCCCUGAGCCUUUGUGUGUUUGUAUCAAACACAUUAUUUAUCAGCAAGUCUAUUGUUGGUGUAUGUCAUUUUUGUAUGUUUUUCGCCAAAUCUACACUUGGCUGCUCCUGAGUUUGUAGAUGUGCAUUAUUGUUACCUAUAACUUAUGUGUUCAAAAUAUUUAUUUUUGUAUUAAUGU